UGAAUAUUUGCUUCGUUUUCGAUCAUAUUCUUAUCAUCAUUUUUAUCGAUACCACCACGAUAUUUGCUAAGAGGUCGUACCCACGAGAUGGCCAGAGCAAACUCAGGGAGCUUAUGUCGAGAUUCCUGACGUUCUAGUACCUCUGACAUUCACAGACAUCUUCAAAGUCCACGCCACACUCAGAGUCGUAAAGAUGCCAACAUGCAUUAAGAGGAUUGUGCCCCGUUUGGAGAAAACCCAAACUCAGAAAGUGCCCGAAGUCUGGAUUCCCUGCUACAAACUCUAUACGGGGAAUUAACCGCUAUGGAAGGUUGCCCCAACGGUCCUGCCACAUACCUAGGAGUAACUCCUCCGGCAACCGGUGGAUCCCUCCUGUCAAGGAUGGAAUGCCCAUAAUCCUUCUUAACCUAAAAUAAGGGCGCCUCCAUCAGUACCUGCAGUGCGUCCACCAAAACAGUGCGAUACACAGGAAUACAAACCAGCAACAACGUCCUUCGGCAGGACAGUACUUUCUGGCGUCCCCAACCGACAAACAUAGCUGUCUGGUAUCAAAUAGUGGAUCCGAAAGCACCACAAGCCACCAACAGGCGCCGAUAAAUGAUACACCGGCCGAGGCCCAGUCGCAUCUCAAGAUUCGUCGUACCUGUCCUACAACACCAACCAAGCGCUCUUUUAGGCGCACCUGCUUCAAGUUCAAGGAAUUUCAGUAGUUUUCUGUGUCCGUCAGCGUUGACUGCCAUCUGUUCUGUUAAUCGCAAAGUAUUCAUCUGCGCCACUAUUUCUGCGAUACUAAGCUUCAUUUAGAAAGCCAAAGUAUGAAAUCUAUGCUAAUUUUUUCGAAGUUCUCUUAGCACUUCUUUUAUUCAGUUAUGUUUUCAGUUGUACUAAAAUUGGCGCUGAAUUACGCUCCAGAAUUUAGUAUGUAAAAGAAGUUCAGAAACUGAGGACGUCCGAUUGAAAACAUCGGCAGUUCUUUUUAUAAAUUUUUUAUUUUAUUAUUGCUUUUAUUGCAACAUAUUUGUUAUUGUAAAUUUUUCAUCGCUUCGCUUUUGUCGAAACUAUGUCACUUCUACGCACUCUAGCUGUCAAUUCGCUCUUAUCAUUCGCCUUUCUGUUUUGCUUUGUCUAUGGUGCGCUGUUUGAAAAGUAUUGGAGCACCACAACAACCAGCACAACAACCACCGUCAAGCCAUGGCACGUACGUCAGCCAGGCCUAUCGUUGCCAUUGCCCAACAGCCAUCCGUCUAAGUGUUGGCGCGAAGUGCCGUGACGCUGUGUUCUUCCAAUUCGAGAAGGAUGUGCAAGUUGUGGGCAAUAGUACACUUAGUCCCUACUUCAAUCUCGUAGAAGUCUGCUGUAAGGGUUACAAGCGCUAUGACUUCGAUUGGAAUCGUUGUGUGCCGGAUUGUGGCAACAAAUGUCAAGCCAAUGGCUUCUGCUUGGAUGGCGGCAUCUGCCGUUGCUUUGACGAAUUUGUGCUCAAUCAUCGCAAUGUCUGCAUACCGAUUUGUCCGUUGGGAUGCCCGAAUGGUCAGUGCUACUUGAAUGGCACUUGCAUUUGCCAAGAGGGCUAUGAAUUGAAUCCGACACGCAAAUUCUGUAUGCCACGUUGUGAGUUCAGUUGUGCGCACAAUGAGAUUUGUGUCGAGCCGAAUAAGUGCGAGUGCGCUGAGGGCUAUACGCGUGCACUGCCACCCAGCACCAUGGGUUGCCAGCCGAUUUGCAUACCGGACUGCGGGUUCGGACACUGCGUGGCGCCAAAUCACUGCGAGUGCUUCCAUGGCUAUUUGAAACGUUUGAAUGGUAGCACGUGCGAGAGUAAUUGUUAUAUGCGCUGCGAGAAUGGUUUUUGCGCAAAUCGCACCACCUGCGUCUGUCAGAAUGGCUACCGUUUCGAUCAGAAUACCACCUCUUGUCUGCCAGUGUGUGAUGAGGACUGCGAAAAUGGCAUUUGCCUAUCACCAGGCGUCUGUCGUUGCUUCAAUGGUUAUGUACGUCGUGGUCCUAAGUGCGAGGGCAUAUGCGUGAACGGUUGCGGCUUCUAUGGUAAAUGCAUUGCUCCCAACGUUUGCGGCUGUUCCAUUGUUGAGGGUCCGAUGCGCAACUAUCAACGCUGUGCGAAUGGAAAUUGCAAUUCAAAGGGUCGUUGUCGCUGCAAAGAAGGCUACGUACGUUUCAUUGAUCAAUGCAUGGAACCGGAUAAGGUGACCACAUAUGCCUCUAUGAGGCCCAGUCGCUUAAAUGAGACUCUGCUGCAGGAAUUCAAUAUGCUGAUUGGUAGACAUUUUAUGUUUCAAUACAAAAUUUUUCCUUACUAUUGAAUUGUGUAGUUUUUAUAGAAUAUUUGCACGAUUAUUUACUUAAAAUGAUCAUUAAUACUACAUUAAUAUAUUUGGUAUGUUUCUUUUAUUAA